CCUUCCCUCCCCCGGCUCUGUCUCUCUGUCUGUCACAGCAGCUCUUCUCGGGACCAACCCGCACACCGCUGUCCCCCCCUUCCCUCUCCAUCCCCCCCUCGCCCCCUCGGGGACCAUGAGCCUUCCUCGAGGCGAGCGCCCGGAGGGAUCCCAGCCCCGCUGACCCUCCCCUCUCCCCCAUCUGUGCGGCCCCCUUCCUUCUCCUCCUCCUCCUCCUCUUCCUCCUCCUCUCCCCACCCCCUCCGCCCCAACCCUGCAGCCUGAGCGAGAUGUUUCACGCCUUGGUAGCAGGGGGCAUUGUCUUCCCCGGCCUCUUCCUGCUGUCCAAGAACGGCCUCAAGUGGCUGCCGUGGCUGCGAUGGGAGGAGGCCGACGCGGUCAUCGUCUCCGCCAGACUUGUCUCCUCGGUGCAGGCCAUCAUGGCUUCCACGGUCGGCUACAUCGUCUCCUCGUCCUGCAAGCACAUCAUCGACGAUCAGCACUGGCUGACCUCCGCCUACACCCAGUUCGCCGUUCCCUACUUCAUCUACGACAUCUACGCCAUGUUCUUGUGCCAUUGGCACAAGUACCGGGUCAAAGGACACGAGUCGGCAGGGACGCGGACACUGCGCACCGUGGUGCGCACCUACUUGCACAAGGAGUUCCUCAUGGUGGUCCACCACCUCUUCAUGGUGCUGGUUUGCUUCCCUGUGUCUGUGCUCUGGCGCCAGGGCAAAGGCGAUUUCUUCCUGGGUUGUAUGUUGAUGGCUGAGCUCAGCACCCCUUUUGUCUGCCUCGGCAAGGUCCUUAUCCUGUACAAGCAGCAGCACACGCUUCUUCAUAAGGUGAAUGGGAUGAUCAUGCUGAUCACAUUCUUCUGCUGUCGGAUCCUGCUGUUCCCGUACAUGUACUGGGUCUACGGGCAGUACGUGGGGUUGCCCUUUUAUCGCGUGCCCUUCUCCAUCCCUGCUGAGUACAACAUGGGAACAGCUAUCCUCAUGGCCCCCCAGGUUUACUGGUUCGGCCUCAUCUGCCGUGGGGCUUUCCGCGUGUUCCGCGCCCGGGGCGCCGCCAAGGAGCAGGUCUUGCGGAAUGGGCACCGGCCAGAGACUCAGGCGCUGGACUGAUACCUCUUCUCCCUCAGCCACAAAUGGACAGACCGCAUUUCCCUCUAACUUAUUUAUUUAUUGGGGUACGGGAGGGACUGGGUUCAUGGGGGGGGAGUGGGCUCCUAGGCCAAAGGGAAUGUGGGAGGGGCUGGAAAGCAGGGGGGGUCUCCGAUGAAGUAUUCAGAGGGCACAAAAAAUUAAACACAAAUCCCAGGGUUGGGUGUGGGAUUUCUCUGCCAAAGGCAACCUUCUAAUUGUGAAACACUGUCAGUAUUUUGAUGGAAUGUUCUCUGAACUGGGGUGAGGGUGGGCAUUACGAAUAGGGUCCCAAGCCAAAGGGGAAUAUAGGGCAUAUCUCUUCUGGGGAGACAUUCAGGCCAGUUGGGUAUUAGAUGGAGGGGGUG